ACAGUGAGUGUAUUUCGAGCACUUCCUGAAUUCUCUCAUCGUCUAUGAGAGAUGAAAAGUUUAUAAUAGAUAAUAUCGUGGAUGACUUCUGUACGUAUUUCAAAGCUUUUACUUUUAUGGCUGUGAGACUCACAGCAUCACAUCACCCUUGUAGAGUUACCCCACCUCCAGAGGGGCAGGACUCAGACGGCUUUCACUGCUUAUCUAAAACGGAGUGUUCCUACAACAGUGGCAGGGUCUCAGUAGAGAGAUAGAAGGACACCAUGAGCUGCCUGUAUCUCCUGCUUUUGGGUUUUCUGUUAGUCGUACAGAACAACGCGACUCCUGCUAUAACAUGUGGUAAAGGAUAUGGAGUCUUACAAGGCAAAUGUGUAGAUGACAACGAGUGUGAUGGUGAAAACCCAAUAUGUGGUGAAAAUGCAGUUUGCUACAACACUAAUGGUAGCUACUACUGUCAGUGUGUAACGGGGUACCAGACGAAUUCAAAGACUGUUAAUUUCACUCUGGAUGAAAGUGGAGAAUGUGAAGACAUCAAUGAGUGUUUGGACAACAACACCAUCUGUGGUCCUAAUGCUAACUGCAAAAACACCCCUGGCUCAUAUGAUUGCACGUGUAAUCUGGGUUUUGUGGCCAGCAAUAGAGAGAAGAAGUUUAAUGCAAGUCAAAAGGUUACAUGCAAUGACAUCAAUGAGUGUUUGGAAAACAACAUCAUCUGUGGUCCUAAUGCUACCUGCGAAAACACCCCUGGCUCAUAUGAUUGCACGUGUAAUCUGGGUUUUGUGGCCAGCAAUAGAGAGAAGAAGUUUAAUGCAAGUCAAAAUGUUACAUGCAAUGACAUCAAUGAGUGUUUGGAAAACAACAUCAUCUGUGGUCCUAAUGCUACCUGCGAAAACACCCCUGGCUCAUAUGAUUGCACGUGUAAUCUGGGUUUUGUGGCCAGCAAUAGAGAGAAGAAGUUUAAUGCAAGUCAAAAGGUUACAUGCAAUGACAUCAACGAAUGUUUGGACAACAGCAUCACCUGUGGUCCUAAUGCUUACUGCUAUAAUACAAGUGGCUCCUAUUUCUGCAUGUGCCAAUCAGGUUUUGUGGCCAGCAAUAGAGAGGAGAAGUUUCAAGCAAACCAAAAAGUUAAAUGCAAUGCACUGGAAUGUAACAGACUUGACAGUGGAAGCCUAUCUGAGCAGAUCCCUGUGGCACUGAAGCAGAUUCUGAUAGAGUUGAAAAGCACAUGUAUGCAAAAGGGAGUGACUGGAGGGGAAAUGUUACAGAUUCUCCUCGAGGCAUUAGAAGGCUUUCUUUCAAAAAAGCCUUUAACAGAUACCAAGAUCGUUACAGCACUGUUUGAAGUGGUUGAAAAAACACUGCCACUGGUAGGACAGCUGCUGGACCAGAGCAGUAUCAGCAAAUCAUUUCCUAGCACACGAGUCGAGAUGUUGGUGCAGAGAAGACCGACCGCCCCACACGGUCCAUUUUCUUUGUCUAGCAACGAUGUGCAAGUCAACAGCCACUGGGAAACAGCAGUGGGAAAUUCAUACAAGGGAUUUGCCUCUGCGUCCCUGUUCCAGUACGAGAGUCUGGAAAUUCCACACGUCAACAGCUACAUCAGCAGUACAAAAAUCUCCGCAGAUCAAUUCAAGCUCAACUCAAAAGUAGUGACGAUAGCAGUCACAAACCCAAACACUACUCGUCUGGAGAAACCAAUCACACUUAACUUCUCUCACCUUCAGGAAGCAGAGAGGAACAUAACCUGUGUGUUCUGGGACUCGGCACUGGAAGGUGGUGCGUGGUCUACUCGAGGCUGCAGUGUGGUCCAGUCCAGCACCAAUCACACUGUCUGCUCAUGCUCACACCUCAGUAGCUUCGCUGUGCUAAUGGCGCUCUAUGAGCUGGAGAAUGUGUUUGAACUUCAGCUGAUCACCUGGAUUGGACUCUCCCUGUCUCUAAUCUGCCUCUUAAUCUGCAUACUGACCUUCUGGCUUGUCCGCUCCAUCCAAAGCACCCGCACCACCAUCCACCUGCACCUCUGCAUCAGCCUCUUCAUUGCCGACCUCAUCUUCCUCAUCGGCAUCAGCCAAACGGAGAACAAGGUGGGAUGUGCGGUGGUGGCGGGUCUGCUGCACUUCUUCUUCCUCGCUGUGUUCUGCUGGAUGUGUCUGGAGGGCGUGCAGCUUUUCCGCAUGGUGGUGCUGGUGUUCAACACCACUCUGAGUCGAGGCUACCUGAUGGCUGCCGGUUACGGAGUCCCCGCCCUCAUUGUUAUCAUAUCAGCCAGUGUCAAUUACAGAGGAUACGGCACGUCACGCUACUGCUGGCUCAAUCUGGAAAACGGUUUCGUCUGGAGCUUCUUCGGCCCUGUUUGUGUCAUAAUUGUUGUAAAUGCAGUCUUCUUUCUGAUAACGGUAUCGAAGCUGGCACAGAAAUUCAACUCUCUCAACCCUGACUUAAGCAGCCUGAGAAAAAUCAAGACAUUCACAAUCACUGCCAUUGCUCAACUGUGUGUGCUCGGCACCAUGUGGAUCUUCGGCUGUUUUCAGUUUGAUGAAGGAACGUUGGUCAUGUCCUACCUCUUCACAAUCUUCAACAGCUUGCAGGGGGUGCUGGUGUUCAUCAUGCACUGUCUGCUCUCCAAACAGGUGAGAGAUGAGUAUGUCCGAUUCCUGACAUGUGUGACUACACGACAGAAGAGGUCAUACUCCGAGUUCAGCACAAACCAGUCCAGCAAAUCCCAGGUGUCCAAAAGCAUUCAGAGCACAGGAGAGUCGAGGAUCUGAAUCACACACACCUCCGGCAAUGCUUUACAAAUGCCGACGUGACCUUGUCUGCGUCCUCGCUGAUAUUUCUGUGAUGAUGCUCACAUUCAGCAUAAGCUCAUCUGUUGAAUUAGCUGCUUUCUGAUUCUGCUGUUGUGUGUUGUUGUUGUUGUUGUUGUUGUUGCUGUUAUUUUGUGACACCAAAGACCUUGAACAUACAAAUCCAAAUUGAGUUUCAGGUUAGCAGAUCUCAAGUCUAAUUAAUCUCAGGCUCAAUUUCUAGUGCAAGUCCAAAAACAAUAAUCUGCUACUCAAGUCAACGUCCUGCUCUGGUUCUGGCUUCAUUAAUGAAGUGCAGUAGGCUGUAGAAGCAUACUUUAUGUGAUGUUGUUCAGUAUGUAAGGAAUAAAACACAAAAUAAUCAACAAAGCAGUGGUGUAAUGAAGAGGAGUUACUGUUACCACUCACAGUUGAUUAUUUUCCUAUAACAGUAAGGUAAAGUGUUUUAUUCCUCUAAUAAAACAGCACUUUGUCAAUGACUACAAUAUUUUAUUUAUUAAAGAAUAACACGUCAUCAUUUUUAAUCCAUUUAAUGUUGAGGAACAUCCACAAAACAAGUUAGUAAGCAGCUAUAAACAGUCAUCCCUUGCCAGUCUCACCUUUUUUUCUCUCUUAAUAAGAGAGAAAAAAGUUAUAAGACAAAAAAAUAAUAGUAAUCUGUCCUGAAGACUUUCCUAUAGCAAAAAACUUAGUUACAGUUUUACCUCUGAGGAUUACAAAGCACUAACACUGGAGACUCCUUCCAAAAACGUUAAAUAAACGUCUCCUCACAGAAAAAUUCUCCAUAUCAACAAUGAUACGUUUUCCCUUCAUUAAAUGGCAUUUUUUAAAAAUCUGUUUAUUUAAAUUUAAGUUACACGGAGCGUCUGCCGUACAAGUCCCUGUGUACGGUGUUACCAAAGAAAUGUAAUGUAAUCAACACCUUCUGACCAAUCAGAAUCGAGAAUUCGAUGCGAAUGCACUAUGGUAUAAAGAUGAAAUACUUAUUUACAGAGCGUAGCUAUGAAAAGUUACUUGAUCGCAGAUACGUGUCUAAAAUUGAUCAGUACACUGAUUGUGUGUGUUGCAGGAAGGACUCGGACAGUCUAUAAUUAAAAUAUAUCAAAUAAGGGUUGACCUCAUAUGAUCUUUAAUGAGAUACAUUAAAGAAAAACACCUUUCUAUUCUCAGAGAGCACGUCACUAAUGAACCUCAGUAGCAGUGACUUAACCACUUCUAAGCUGAAUCAGUGUUGUUUUAUCGUAAAAGCAACAGAUUAAAGAGUUAAAAUGUUUAAGGGAACAUAUUAUUGUGUUUCAGGCUUAAUUUCAAAGGGUAGAUGCAGGCCAUGCUGAAAACCCCUUUUUAUGUAUUUAAAAGUGGGUGUAUUUUUUUAAUAUGAUGUACACAAUUUAAAAUGAAUUUUAAAUAAUUUUAUUGUAAUAUUUAAUGCUGAGCUUUAAUUAUUUGAAAGCUACUUUGGUAUACUUUUUAUGCAAUAUUGUUAGAAUGAAUGCUAACAAUAUGUACUUCUGAGAUAUAAAACAGAUCUGUGCCUUUGUUUCGAGGAUUUAUUUUGUUUUGUCAUUAAAAUAUUCAGUCUAAAUAUUGUUGUAAUGCAAAUGACUAUCUGGUGUUACGGUGCUGUGAGACACCGCUGUGGUGUUUAUGGCACUUUUUUUUGCGAGAGGAAUGAAAAUGUAUGUGCUGAUGGUAGCUUCAGAUGUAAUGUAAAGACAUGAAUAUAGCUGCAUUUGUCAGGUACAUUUUUGUCAAUACUGCUCUCCUUCAAACAAAAAUAAAUAAUACACAUUUUAAAAAA